UGGGAUGUCCAAAUUAGACGACAAGGUGGAUUGUGCUCUCGAAGGCUUUAAUAGCAUUGGCUUCCCAAGGCUAUGAGUACUAGCUUCACGUUCCCUCUGCUCAGCCCCAUCACAGGAUAGCUAGUCUUCCGAGCAAAGUCGCCCCUGUCUUCACGUCGCGCGUCAGCAACUGCGUUGUUAAGAUGUUCAAUUCACCAGACUGGGUGUUCUCUAUGUUUGCUUUCCUGGGUUUCUUGUGCUGCAUGAUUCCGCUUCCCUGGCAUUUGGAAGCAUGGAACACUGGAACUUGUCUUUACAUGACCUGGACCGGCCUAUCGUGUCUAAUCCAGUUCAUUAACUCCAUCGUUUGGAGACUCAAUGUUUAUUUCGUAGCUGCGAAAUUCAUAAUCGGGAGCUCCGUUGCUAUCCCCGCCUGUUCGCUUUGCAUCAACCGUCGUCUCUACCACAUCGCAUCAGUCUCCUCGGUCACAAAGACAAGGGCGCAGAAGAGACGCGACAUCAUGACCGAUCUGGCUAUUGGUGCUGGUAUCCCCAUCUUGGAGAUGAUUCUGCAGUUUAUCGUACAAGGACAUCGGUUCAAUAUUUUUGAGGAAAUUGGCUGUUAUCCCGCCACUUUUAACACCCCUCCUGCAUUUGUAUUGGUAUUCGCAUGGCCCUUGGUCCUUGGAUGCAUCUCUGCUUACUAUUGUGUCCGCACUAUUGUCGAACUAGCUCAGCGUAGGGCCCAGUUCAUGGAGUUCCUUUCUGUGAACAAGAACCUGAGUUCCAGUCGUUACUUCCGCCUCAUGGGUCUUGCUGGUAUUGAGAUGUUAUGCACGGUUCCUAUGGGUGCCUAUGUCAUCUACCUCAAUGCUACUGCCCAGCCAGUCUACCCCUGGAUCAGCUGGGCCAAUGCGCACUACGACUUCUCUCGCGUCGAACAGAUUCCAUCAGUAUUAUGGCGCCUGAACGAUUCUCUCGUGUUGUCGCUCGAGCUCAGCCGAUGGCUCCUCAUUGUCUGCGCAUUCGUAUUCUUUGGUUUCUUCGGGUUCGCCGAUGAGGCCAGGAAGAACUACCGCCUCGCCUACGUUUCAGUUGCGAAGCGCGUGGGUCUUUCGACCGCUGGUACUGUGUCGCAAGGGUCUUGGACUGUUGGUGGAAAAUCGGAGAUGGCGUACAACAGCCGCACCGGCACUUUGCCCGUGUUUGUCGUUCAACGUACCGAAAAGAAGCGCGAUUCCGUUAAUUCAUUCUCCACCAGCAUUUCCAUUGGCGAGUUUAACAUGACAUUCGAUGAUGUCAAGGAGGUUCCGUACAUACCAACAGAAACCGCCGCGGGUUCGGUAUCAAAGGAGUCGCUCCCGACCACACCUGUCGAUGGUGAGACAGUUCCACUACCAGACGGACCUGCUCUUGCAGGCCCCGCGCUUGACAUCAAUUCAGUUCCCCGGCUUGUCGCCGACUCACCUGAAUCGGCGCGCAAUUCAAUAGAUAUCAUAUGAUUCAUAUUCACACAACAGAUCGGCUUUCUUACGUUGUCCUAUCAUUCAUUGUAUCAUCGUUUCAUUGUAUUGUUAGCUUUCCGGAAUCUGGACGUAACCACUCGGUUAUUAUCGGUUUGAUACCCACUACUAUCAAGUACCUUAUGAAUAUUUGUACGGAUUGGGACAGAUUUAGACGAUGUAGCAUUCUUCAUAGUCGAAUCAAACAUUUUCAAACGA